GCAUUUGGCGGGAAUUCGUAUCAUAGUAACGGAAUAACAAAUUGUGUAAAGGAAUUUUCCUGGAAAUUAUCUUAUAUAAAAAGGGAGGUAAAAUGGCCAAAAAAGGUGGUGUUCAGCAACUUCAAACGGAAGUCAACACAGACGAUGAACUCCACAAGUUUCUAGAGAGGGAAGGACUUCUUGUUUUAGAUGUCUAUACAGAUUGGUGUGGUCCUUGCCUCGGUAUGGUUGGAAGUCUUAAGAAGAUAAAACUCGAAUUGGGUGGUGAUGAUCUUCAUUUGGCUAUUUGUAGAGUUGAUGAAAUUGAAAUGCUUAAGAGAUUCCGCAACAGAAGUGAACCAACUUGGUUGUUUGCAUCAAAACGAAAGGUGGUGAAUCUGAUGUUUGGCGCCAAUGUACCCAAACUCAUGAAAAUGAUUGCUGAAGAGCUAAAACUUGAAAAGAGUGAACGUGCAGGAGAAAUCGAGAGGACCUUUUAUGAUUUUGAAGAACUAACACCAGCUGAAAAGGAACGGGUUGAGGAAAAGAAUCGCCUUGAGGAAGAAGCCACGAAAGCAGAAGAGGAAGCCACAAAAAAGAAACGUCGUGACUUCAUUGUAAAUGUAACAGGUGAAAUAAUGUCCAACAUACGGGAUCAUGGAGUUAUGCUACUGAUGCCACAAGUCCCUAAAGAUUCCUUUCGUCGAAUCUCAGAAUCUGCUGAUCCUUUUGGUGUGACUUGCAAGGAUAAACGAAUUGUUAAGCUACAACCGGAAAUGCUAGAAAUACUCCAUUUUGAAUGCGAUAACCCCCUACCUGAUGAUGUACUAGAAGCAAUCUUUGAUAAAGAACUUCAAGCAGUAGCAUGGAAAGUUUCCGAACAGGAAACUCGUCCUGUUGAAGAGGUCCUUCAACUUGUCCAUGCUGCACUCACGGAACCCCAGUAUGUAACUACACAAAAUGAAGCUGGUGAAGAGGUAGAGAUUCAAUUGUCUCCUGUUCUUGCAACAGCCGAAGUAGAUCCUCCGCGAAAGACACCAUCACCUAACCGAGAAAUCAACACUGAAGAACUAACUAAGGUUAUAAUUCCUGCUGCCUGGACGCCUAUUAAUCGUCGCGCAAAUGCUGCCCUGAUCUACUUGUUUUUCCGCAAUUUAACAGAGUUCUUCCUUCCAUCUGAUCCUGUACCAGAUCCACCCCAUUUGGCUAUUAUUUUUGACGCUUUCAAAAAACAGGAUAUUAUGGAUGCAUGUCUAAAACACAAAGACGCCGUAUUGGCUUACGGAUACUUUACGUCAGGAGAUCCUAAAGCAGCCACACUCAUUGCGAACACUAACGACGCUUAUGCAAAGGUGAAACGUACCGUGAAUGAUAAGCUGGUGCUGAAGGUGACCAAAGCUAACACAGAUGCCGUCCUGGAACUCGUAUCUCUCGGUCCCUGCUUCAUCAGUCAGAAUUGCGUACAGGGAGAGGCAGAGUGCUUGCUCUUCUUCCCAGAAGGCUACACAAAUCGCGAGGAAGGGGAAGGAGUUGAGGAGGAACAUGUGGAAGUGAGUAAGCGUGGGAAGAAGAAGAAAAAGAAGAAGAAGGACGAGGAUACGUCAUCCGUCCAGAAUGGACAAGAGGUCUCAGACAUUGCCACUCUGGAGGAAGCUAUUGAGGAACACGAUGGUGAUGAAAAAAUCUCCAAUGACGGUCAUGACAAAGAGGAUGAAGUUCCAGCAGAAAAUGCCUAA